CUGCCAUUGCCAUCCCCUGCCUGUCUCUGCAUCAACGCCCAGCAUAACAGCAGCCAUGAGCUCCGAAGUCACCUGCACGGCACCCGUCAACAUUGCGGUCAUCAAGUACUGGGGCAAGCGAGACACUGCCCUGCUGUUGCCCACCAACUCGUCGCUCUCGCUCACUCUGUCGCAGGACCAUCUGCACUCCAAGACCACAGUGCGUCUGACUCCCGGCCAGGGCUCCGAUCGUCUCUGGCUCAACGGCAAGGAGGAGUCCAUCGCGGCAUCCAAGCGCCUGACCAACGUCAUCAACGAGACCCGCCGGGUCCGCAUCCGCCUGGAAGAGGAGGCCGCCGCCCAGGGCCAUCCCCUGCCUGCGCUCUCCAAGUCGUUCCUCACCAUCUGCUCCGAGAACAACUUCCCCACGGCCGCUGGCCUGGCUUCGUCGGCCUCGGGUUUUGCCUGCCUGACCUUUGCUCUCUCCAAGGCCUUCCAGCUUCCAAGCGACAAUUCUGAGAUUUCCCGUCUGGCUCGUCUGGGAUCGGGCUCGGCCUGCCGCUCGUUGUACGGCGGUUUCGUGGCCUGGGAGAUGGGUGACAAGGCCGAUGGAUCCGACUCGAUCGCUGUCCAGAUCGCUGACGAGUCGCACUGGCCUGACAUGGAGGCCCUCAUCCUCGUUGCCUCGGACGAAAAGAAGGACGUCGGCUCGACCGAGGGCAUGCAGUCCACCGUCGAAACCUCGGAGCUGCUGCGCGAGCGCAUCCGCGAGGUUGUUCCGCGCCGCAUGAGCGAGAUCACCAAGGCCAUCCUCGAAAAGGACUUUAACAGCUUUGCCGAGAUCACCAUGAAGGACUCGAACCAAUUCCACGCCGUCUGUCUCGACACCUUCCCCCCGAUCUUCUACCUCACCGACGUCUCCAAGGGCGUCAUCUCCCUCAUCACCAACUACAACAAGCUGGCAACCAACGGCACUGGCUACAACGCCGCCUACACCUUCGAUGCCGGACCGAAUGCUGUUCUGUACCUGCGUCGCGAGCACGUCCCCGAGGUCCUUGCCCUGGUCGACCAGUGGUUCCCCAAGCCCGAGAGCGCCGAUCCCAGCGAAUACUAUGGCCGCGCCGCCGAGUUCCUGCCCAAGGCCGAUCCUGCAAAGGUCGGCCAGCUGGCUUCGAGCAUCAGAACCCCCAAGUACCCUGCUGGCAGCAUCCGCCGCAUCAUCAGCACUCCGAUUGGCGACGGACCUCGCAUCCUUGCUGCCCAGCAUGAGCCGCUGAUUUCCCUGCUCAACUCCGAGGGACUGCCCAAGCGCACGGUCUAAUUCACACCACUCGACCGCCCGCAUCAAGAUCAGCCAAACGGAAGAGUUGUCUUUGCGCCACGGCAGCUAGACAACAUGAAUCGCCUGCACAACGUGCCGUUAGCCUUCCGCGAUAAUGACACAUGCAGGAAACCUCAGCUAAUUGCUUUCUCUCUCCUUCCUGAUUUGCUUUGCACCGUCAGCUAUCACCAAAUACAAUAUAUUUCAAAAUGCGACCC